ACCUAAACUCUAUUUUCUCUCCAAACAAAAAAUAGGACUUCACCUCUACAAGUCUUUUAGCUAAGCACAACAAAUUCCCAUAAUCCUCUCUCCCCCUCUCCCUCAUCUCUCUCCCUCUCUCUCUCUCUCUGGUUUCAACUUUAAAAUAUAAUCAUCAUGGGUGAAGAAAGCAAGAAACUUGAGACUACCCUCAAUGGAUUCUCUCCCAUAUCAUCUACUCCUGUUUUUUGGAAGUCUCGCAAGAGAUCAGCUACUUUGAAAAAGGUAGACACAGUAAAUGAUGAUGCUGAAAAAAGCCCUCCAAAACAGGAAGAAACUCCUGAUGAAGAGAUGGAGCAAGAUUCAACUCCAGCUUCUGUUCUUUCAGAGAAACGUAAAGCUCUGUUUGAACCAUUGGAGCCCAUAAGUAUUAAUGGUCGAAGACCAACAGCUGAAUCCAUACUCCCUCCACCAGACUUCGAUGAGGCAAGUUAUCCCCGAGGCUGGUUGAUUGGGAAGAAGCGAAAGCUUGUCAAUGUUGAUGUUGUUGAAAGUAUGCGCAGAAUUGCUGUACAGGAAAUGAACCGCAAGGACAGGGAGAUUGAUGGACUAAACGAACAACUAGAAGAAGAUUCUCGGUGCUUGGAACAUUUGCAGAUCCAGCUCUUGGAAGAACGGAGCAAACGUGCCGAUGUAGAAAGGCAAAACACAAUGCUUCAAAACCAAAUAUCUAUGCUCAUGGACAUGUUGCAGGAGGACGACAACGAGAAUGUGGAUGAUGGGGGUGCAGAACCUUGAAGUGCUGUUCUUUUAUAUUUCUUUUCUGCAGAUGUUAAUGGUGUAGGAAAAUAUAGAAAUUGCAUUUAUUCACAAUAUGUAUAUUAUAUGAAUGUUACAUGUUCAUGUAACGAAGAUUACAUCCACCUGAUGAUGUGUGAUUAUAUUUUUCUUGUGGUGUGGAA